AUCAAACGUCCCAUGAACGCUUUCAUGGUUUGGUCUCGAAAACGCCGUCGCCAGAUGUCCUUCAUCUUCCCGAAGAUGCACAAUUCAGAAAUUUCGAAACGAUUGGGAGCGGAAUGGAAAAAGUUGAAGCAGGAGGACAAGAAACCAUUCAUCGAUGAAGCAAAACGUCUGAGGAUCGUGCACAUGAACGAACAUCCUGGUUACAAGUACAGGCCCAGGCGGAAAACCAAAUGUCAUCUGAAA